AUGUCAAAAAGCGCUUUCGUCAUAGGUGGAACAGGUGCCGUAGGCAGGCAACUCAUUGAUGCACUCGUUUCAACACAUCGCUUUAGAAGAAUUGUUCUUAUUGGUAGAAGGAGGAUCCCACUGGACUACGACAUCAUUGUAAGUACUAAUGAACAAGCGGUAGUCGAUUUCGAUGCUAUUGAGAAGCGUGCCGAUCUCUUCAAUGAUAUCGAUGUUGGAUUCUGUGCUCUUGGUACAACUUACGCAAAAUCGGCAGGAAUAGCAAUAUACAGUCGCACGGUGCAGAUGAAAUCUAUACGUGAAAACGAGUCAGAAAAUAGUAAAAUCUCAAAGGAGAGGCGACCUGGUAUGAAAGGAUUCGUCAUUGAAAGUACGCCAGAAAAAUCUCAGGAGGAGUUUUACGACGAGUUUUUGGAAAGAGAAAUU